AUUUGUGAGCCUUCAACAUGUUCCGGUACACUCUCAUUGUCCUAGCAUUCAUCAUUGCUUCCAGCAAUGCCUAUGUUGUACCAGAUUAUGAUGGAAACUAUUUGCUUUAUGGACCAUCUUUUUACGGAGGACCACAGUUGAGAAACGUUAAGAUCUUUGGACAAGGUCAAGCUGGAGUACAAGUUGACCCAUACAGAUUUAAUCUAGGAUUUAUCAAAGGAACUUUGGGUGGUCAGAGAAACAUUAGGUUAACUGGACAAGGUCAAGGUGGAGUGGAAGUUGAUCCCACCAGAUUUAAUCUAGGAUUUAUCAAAGGAACUUUGGGUGGACAGAGAAACAUUAAGAUUCAUGGACAAGGUCAAGGUGGAGUGGAACUUGACCCAUAUAGAUUUAACAUAGGAUUUAUCAAAGGAACUUUGGGUGGUAAGGUAAACGGGCAAGGAUCAGGUACUAUUGAGAUCGAUACACCAACAUAUAUACCUGCUUAAGAGAUAAUGUAAAUAUUCUGGAUGUAACGUGAAAUAAUUAGAUAUAAA